CUUGUCACUCAGCACAUCAACGUUGGCUGGUGCCCUCGCCAUGGAUGUGUGGUAACUUUGCGUGGACGAUUUUCAAGAUGGCCUUCAUGGCCUGUCUGAACCUGCUCGACAUUGUGACGGACAUAUUGGUUCUGCUUCGGUACAGCUGCAUCCUGGAAUCAGACGCAGGAGAGCCCUGUGCCGGGUCAGUGCCAAACAGUAGCUGCCAGCCACAUCCAUGGUGGACGUUCAUCGGCUUGAUGAUAUUGAGUGUGUCUACCUUUCUCAGCGCAAUGGUUUGGGUUAAUCCUGCGGCAAAAAACUUUAGUGAGAAGAUUAGAUCAAAAAAAGUGACGCUGCGAGACUGGGCAAUGCCUUGAGUGCAUUUCAUAGUUGCUGUGAUACAGCUUUCGCCCUUUGUCGACCUCGUUCAAGUGGCAUGGAGUGGCACCGACGCACAAGACCCAGAACAAAGACGAGCUGCAAGACAUCGUGACCUGCAGAUCAAAAAGUUUGAGUCGGCUCCACAAGCUUUGUUCCAGUCAUAUGUCUUCUUCGCGAUGGCAUCACACAAGCAACCUUUGAACAUCCUUUCCAUUGCCAUCUCAAUCUUGAGCUUGUCUCUGGGGUUUGUUGAGUUCUAUAUGGAGAAAGAGGAGCAUGUUCGAGCUGACGCAAAUGCAGAAGACAGUGCCGAUCCCACAAGAUGGAGUGUGCAAGCUGACGUGCUGGGUGCCAAAGAGGAGGGCAUCAUUUUACAGGCUGAUGGGGCGGGUUCCCUACCAGUUGACAUCACCAGGUCAGAACCAAUGAGGGCCAGUGCUGUUUCCGAGUGUUCCUCUGCUUCGAUCCCGAAGUUGAGGAUCCAAGUCCAGAUGGACAGGCCAGACUCACCAGUGAAGCUUUUGAGUGCCGGGAAGUUCGUAGCUUUUCUCUACAUGGGCUCCGACCUAGCCCUGCGUUGCGUGGCCUCUGCUGUGAAUUUUUCGCCCUCAGCACGGUUUCCAGGAGUAGCCAUCGCAGUCAGUUAUAUUUGCUUGUUUAUCUUGCGGCACCCGGCUAACUUGGCAAUACUGAGAGCCCGUGGAGAAAUUUGCCAUAGAAUACAGAUGGGGAAGCGAAGCGAAAUGGUCUCAAAAGAUGAGAUGGAAUUACCUUUUGACACCAAACCUGUUGAAGACUCUUCGAGAAGCUGCUCUUCGAUUUGCCUUGCGGUGACCCGGAUCGUCGUGCUCAUUGUUUUGUGGUGGCCGUGAUUGUUUUCUGGGUUGUCUACGGGGUGUUUCUAGCUGCUGUGGUUGUCCUCGCCGGAUGCUGGGAGUCCUUCACUGCAUCUUCCGAGGUGGUGCGAAAUUGUGACCGUUGGACAGCACAGUGUUUGGCUGCCCUCCGAUUCCUGGAGUAUUUGUGUCAUGGGGCUGUGAUGGCGAUGGUGGCCCCUACAGCCUGUGGAGAGCAACCCAGCUCAGAGUUGCUAGUUUUUGCUCUGCUCUUUGGUUUCAAUCUCUGUAGCUACGUGGCAUAUGCGAUGAUACAAGACAAUGUUGCAAAAAUCAAGGAAUGUGAAAUUCCGUUGGAAGAGAAAUGCUUGAAGAUUAUGGAAUAUUGUUCAUGCUGCUGUGGCAAAGGCCGGGACACGGAGUAACGACUCUGUUGUUUCUGUCAGGCCUGUCGCAGAUGUUUAUGGAGAGUGGGCUGUCAUGGGGGGUGGGGUUGUUCUUUGUUUUAC